GCCAAAUGUAAUUUACCUUCUACUCCGUUGUGGGUGCUGUGGGAUCUCGUGGCCAUAUCAUGCUGUAGCAGUGCAGUGGCCGCGAAUAAAGAACGUUGGCUCCGAUCCCGCUGCCCACUAUUAGACCGCCGCGCCCCGCCCUGCCCCCACCGUGCGCUCGCUCAUCGCUCGCCCCACACGUCGAGCAACACGUCGAGCAGAUCAGUUCGCACAUGGAUUCGCCACGAGAUAACGACAUCAUCCGGAUUGGAGACGAUUUGGAGGCGCCGCCUGUCCCUGCGGAGGAGGAUUCUUCGUCAACAGAGGAGGAGAAGGUCACUUAUCAGUCUCCGGGAACUCCGGCAUGGAUGCGGAGGGCGAGGAAAAACUUGCAAGAUCGCGAUGAGACCCAGGUGAUGGCGGGGUAUGUCAGUGAGGUUCUCAAAGGUGAAAAUGCGGUGGUGGUGGUGGAGGAGGAUGAUGAUGACGAUAUUACGGAAGCCGAGUUCACUUCUGGAGUGGAGGAAGAUGGGGACACGGACGACAAUGAGGACGACGAUGAGGACGAUGUUGGGGACGGGGAAAAGGAGGCUGGCGAGACGAGUGAGAACGAGGAUGAUGACGACAGUGAGGAUGAAGACUCAAGCGACGGGGAUGAAAGUGAUAAAAUUUCCGAGGAUGAACCGGGAAAAGAAAAGAUUGAAAAGGAUAGGGAGAAGCUGGAUUCCGAGGAAGACGAAGAGGACGAAGAGGACGAAGAGGGCGAAGAGGACGAAGAGGACGAAGAGGACGAAGACGAAGAAGACGAAGACGAAGAGGACGAGGAGGACGAAGACGAAGAAGAUAUAAACCCCGAGCCUUACUCUGACACGGAAGAGGGAGCCUCCAACCCCGACUGGGACGCGGUAGAGAGCGAUUCUCACUCCGGGGACUCAGCAUUAUCUGAGGCAUACCGGAGAAGACACAGCACUUAUCGAGCUAAUCCAUCUCCUCGCACUCCUGCUAGACGAUUGUGCGAUUGCCCCGACGAUGAUGAGGAAGCUCCGACCAGCUCGGAAAAACGACGAAGCUACAUUCAACGUCGUUAUCCGUUGCUUGCAGGAGGUAGUGGGUGGGCGCGACCACCGGCUCGCGGAACCGGUACCGGCCGCGGAGUCGGUACUGCAGGGGCAGGCGGUACGGGAAGCGCUCGAGGGAGUCCUGGCGAUCGGAGGAGCAGUCGCGGGAGCGGCAAUGACUGGGGGGGAAGCGGCCGUGGGUUCAGUAGCGACCGGGGAAGUAGUCGCGGGCGUGGGAGUAGUAGUGCUUCCCCCGGGGGAGGUGGAUUUACGAGAGCACCGGAUCCGGUCCCGUUCGGCACGCCGCUGGUAUUCAAAGCCACCGACUUGGUCAAGGAUGACCAGGAACUUGUGAGAAGAAACAAGGACCCAAUAGCUCGGCCGCUGGUCCGACGGCCAGCGUACGGCAAGGCGGGAAGUCUGCACGGCUGCCGCACAAACUUCUUCAGCAUCGACAUCGGGGACGCGAUAAUCUACCUCUACGCGAUCAAAAUCAAUCCCGAGGUCAGAGAUAAGCGCAAGAAGCGACAAUUGGUUACGCUAUUCGAGAAAGAGCCAAGGUUCCGCGUAUAUUCGGAAAAGACCGCUAUGGACUUUCCUGGUGACCAUAUAGUUAGCAAAGAACAACUGACCUUCGAUGUCAGGGUCGACUAUGAAACCGUCACAAAGGUGGAGUCGUACACGUUCAGCUUUCAUGAACUAAGAAAGAUCAGCACUACCGAAGUCAAGGAAUAUGCUGCCGGACGGCUUCCUGGCCUGUCCAUCGGAGACCUGGAGCACAGCGUCACAGCACUGAAUAUCAUCCUGGCAAAGUUUCCGCGCAGCAAUAUCGCAAUGAUGACUAUCGGGAAGCACAAGUACUUCCCCACGUCGGACAACAAGGCCAUGUAUCUCAGCAAUGGAAUCGAUUGUAUUCGAGGUUUCUUCACAUCCCUCCGAACCCUGAAUCACGGGUUGACAUUGAAUGUCAACAUCUGCACUUCCGCAUUCACCAGCCACAGAUUUGAUCUAUUGGGUCUGAUGGAUAGGUGGGCGGGAGAUCAAAAUCCAGCAAUUCCGCUUGCAACGCUUUGCCAGAGGAAGGAUCCGGCGCUCAUCGCCUUCAUCACGGGGCUACAUGUGCGAAGUGACCACCAGACGCGUGGGAAGGUGCAGCUCUUAACUGUCCAUGGGCUUACCGAUCAAUAUCCCGGACGUACCAAGUACUUGAAUACACAGGAGCUCAUAUCGGCCCGAUUCCAGAGACAUUACGGGACACAGGUGAAGGCUCCGGCUAUCCCGUGUGUAUUGUUCCCCACGGGGGUAGCCAACAUGCCCUUAUUGAUACCACCUGAGUUCCUCGAGGUGGUUCCCGGGCAGAUCCCCAGGGGUGGAGGAAGACUCGACCCCAGGCUCGCCGCUACCAUGAUCAAGCAGGCGUGCAUGGCACCCGCUGAAAACGCGAAAAUAAUCACGAGCGAAGGUCUAGCGGAUCUCGGCGUUACCGUUCCUAACCGUUUUCUCGAUGGCUUCGGCAUCACCGUUGGCAAGGAGAUGAUUACCGUGCCCAUGCGCGUGCUCGAAUCACCGUCGGUGAUUUACCGGCAGGGCUCGAUCCGCCCGGUGUACGGCGGCUGGAACAUGAAGCACGGCACGAAACUGUUCUCUGCGCCGGCCGGCAACUUGGCGCCCGUGUGGACGCGUCUGGUCCUAAACCUGGGGAACAGAGAGCUCAACGCGAAGGACCUUAAGUCGAACUUAGACGAGAUCAUGAUGGCUCUACGCAACGUUGGAGCGAACCUGCCGUAUUAUGACAAUGGACGUACCCCGAUUACCAUUCCGUCUGGACGCACUUGGACGGAUUACAAGAACCCCGAAAAUCCGCUGUGUCGUGAAUUCGAGGCGCUCAGUAAGGACAAAGCGAAGAACAUCGCGCUGAUCUACGUGGUCAUCGCAAACUCUCAAAAGGCCGACAUGGCAUUGUACGCGGCGAUCAAGUGGCUCGGCGAUCUGCGCUGGGGCUUCCAGACGGUCUGCUCGGUGCUAGACAAGUUCAUUAAGAAUCCCAAGGGCUGGUCGCAGUAUGCCUCCAAUGUGGCGCUCAAGUUCAACCUGAAGUCCGGCGGUACCAACCAUUACGUCCAAUUGGGAGCGUGCACGAAGGAGUGCAUGAUUGUCGGUGCCGAUGUCACGCAUCCCGGCCCGUCGAGUGCACGACACUGCCCCUCCAUCGCGGCGGUCGUGGCAAGUAACGACUCGAAAUAUACGAAUUAUCCGGCCUCGAUAAGAACCCAAGAGAGCCGCAAAGAGAUGAUCACCCACCUAGAGCAGAUGAUGUGUGAGCGCCUCACCACCUACCACGCGGCAGCACGCGUGCUUCCCAAGCGCAUCUUCUUCUACCGGGACGGGGUAUCGGAGUCGCAAUACGCAGCAGUGAUGAAAACCGAGCUCCCCCAGAUCCGCAAAGCGUGCCUGGACGUAUCACGGCAACUGCAAGGGCCGAACGCGCCAGUGAUCCGGCUGACCCUUAUCAUCGUCGGCAAGCGGCACCACACACGUUUCUACCCGUCCAGCAAGACACACAUGGACCCGCGGAACGGCAACCCCUCGCCAGGGACGGUGGUGGACCGUGCGAUCACGGACCCGUACGACUUCGACUUUUUCCUGCAAGCGCACCAGGGGAUUCGCGGGACCGCGCGGCCCUGCCACUACUACGUCCUCGUCGACGAUAACCGCCUCGACGUCGACGACCUGCAGAAGAUGACGUACUACCUUAGCUACAACUUUGCGCGCGCGAAUAGGAGUGUCAGUGUCUGCACGCCUGCGUAUUACGCCGAUAUUGCGUGCGAGCGCGCGAGAUGCUAUAUGUACGCUAUGCUGACGAAUGAUAAGUCGAUUAAGGCAGCGACGGCGCUGCCGACGUGGACUGAGGAGUCGGCCGCGAAGUAUGUGGAGUCGUGGUGGGGUGGCGUGGGUCGCGGGGUCCAUGAGAAUCUCAGGAGGAGUAUGUUUUAUCUUUGAGUUUAAGUAUGCGUUCUAGUUUAUUCGCUUUCCUAGCAAGCCUCAAAUAUGC